AUGUCUAGUAUCUACAAUACUUCACGCACUGAUAAGGGAAAAGGUCGUGCUGUGCCUCGUCGUGGAGGAGGAGGUCCAAUGCGUCCUGGCGUGGGGCCACAGCGUAUGCUGCAACAGCAUCAAUUACAAAUGCAACAACAGCAACAGCAGGCAGAGGAUAUCACUUACAGCGAAUUUCAGCUGGUGUCCACUUCCAAGCGAGGAAAGAACCAUCUGAUGGAUUUCAAGGGUGGAAGCAAGCAUGUAGAGCCCAAAAACUUUGCUCGUCCAGUCAAGCUUCAUCGCAAAGAGACCAACUUUCUUCCUUACAGACAGUACAUCCAGAACUUGAACGAACAAAACGCUGCUGCUGCUGCUGCAAAGGAAGCUGCUGCGGCUAAUGCUGCUGCUAUCAUGGCAGGCACACCUCUCCCACACCCAGCAACCAAACCAGCUGCCUCCGAUGUCGAGGAUUUAGGCGGUGAUGCGCCCACUCCCAGCACGCAGAACCAACAUGGCCCUAAGACAGGCGCUGAUACAUCGUUGAUUGCACCUUUGGGUGGUGCUACAAGAAACAAGCAGAUGCUUUUCAAAAAAAGAACAAAGCAGAUCUACUUGGCCAAAGAAGAUACAAGAGAACUAAAAGAGCAAGAGCAACGACCUUGGAUUUUGGAGGAUUACGACGGUCAAAACAGCUUUACGGGUACUUAUGAAGGUGGCCAGCGCUCCGACUACAUGUUCUUUGUGCUGACAGAGAGUGGAUUUAAAGUCAUGCCUGUGGAUAGAUGGUACAAAUUCCAGCCAAAACGUCAUUUCAAGACCUUGUCAUUGGAAGAAGCCGAAGAGCAGUUGAAGAAACAGCAAAAACGUGAAGGCAGUCGAUGGUUGAUGUUGAAUAGAAAGGAAUCGGAAGCAGAGGAAGCUGCUCGACCCUCUUCCAAGCUGAAGCUUGUAGACCACGAUGAUCAUACUAAGCCUGAUCCAGACGAGGACACUGGCAACAGACAGGAUUCAGACAUGGACGACUUGGAUUUCGAUGAUGUAUUCCAAGACGAUGAUGAAGCUACUGCAGAACACGAAGUCGAAGACGAAGAUGUCAAGGAUAGUAAAGAUCGUGUCAAGAAGGAGAUCAAAGACUAUUCCAUCAGUGGCACUCAAGAAGAUGCUGAUGAUGCUUACGAUGAUAUGGGCAAACUGACUUCAGAGGGCAAGCAAAUGCGUAAGUUGGUUAGAGAUUUGGAAAAGAAUCGAGCCUAUGAGAGUGACGAUGAAGACGGCGAUCCUUACGCUUCCAGUGCUGAAGAGCUUGAUUCUGACAACGACGAUGAUGAGACCUCUGAAACCGAGAAAGAAAAGGAAAAGGAAAAGAAGAUACCAGUACCACCCAAGAAGAAGGCAACAGCAGUAUCCAAGCCCAUGAUGCCCAAGAAAGCACACACAGCCAAGAUCAAGAAGGAAGGCAUGUCCAAGCCCAUUGGUCGUCCUGGAUCACCUUCACUGUAUAUGAAAAAAAAGGAGCGCGAAGGCUCAUCCUCACCUACACCCAGACCCUCCUCUCCUCUUGGCAAUGGCAGAUCAUCGCCUUUGCGACCUGGAUCUUCGCCUCAACAUCGACCUGCAUUAUCACCCCCAUCACCCUCAUCAUCACCCUCAUCAUCACAAGGAUCCAAGGAACCUACCAAGAAACGUAAAUUGGAGGACUCCAACAGUGGAGAAAGCAAGCACAGAAAGGUGGCUGGAAGCGACGAUGAUCUGAUUACAGAGCAAGAAGUCAUUGACACGCUGCGUGGCAAAGUCAUGACCACCAAGGAAUUUUUGUUGAGCUUCCGUAAGCGUAUCAAGAAAGACUCUCGUAACCGUGAUAUUAUUACAGCCUUGCUGAGAAAGGUGGCCAAGAGCAAUCGCUCCUCUGAUCCUAAUACGCGUACACUCGAAUUGAAGCCUGAAUUUAAUUAG